AUGGCAGAGAAGAAAUCGCCAUUGAUGCCCCGAUUGAAGAAGGCAGUGAGGAAAAUCACUGCAUUGCUCCGCCUCAACCUCAGCCUCUGCCUCGCUCGCCGGCGACCUUCCGGACGGCUGCGAUCAUUCAGUUUCAGCGAUCGGACGGUAGGGCUGCGGAGUUUCUUGGAAGAUGAAGAAAUUGGGGAAAAUUGUUCCAUGAGAAGGCUUGAACGUGCUUCCAGUUUAAGAUAUGGAAAUGCCGAAGAUGAUGUCGAUAAGCGAUCUCAGAUUUUCAUCGAUAAUUUCCUUCGUCGAUUGAGGUUAGAGAGGCAAAUUUCUUUGCAGUUGCGGUACUACAGAAUAAACAGUUCUGGAACAGAGGACGAAGAGAGAUCGCCGCCGCCGCCGCCGUGUUCGUCGAUUCAGUGA